GCUUCAUUCACCUCGCUGAGGCUGGACAGUAGACUCUCAGAUCAUUGCAACCUGCUUGACGAAAAGACUUCGUUUUGGUUUCUGAUUAAACCCACGCAAUCUUACACACUUUUCAGACACUGGAGUUGUUUCCCCACAUUUUAACCAGUGACCCGUCGUACUAUCUCAAAAUAGUAAUAAUAACAACCAGAAUACAAAUAAUAAAACUGUUUGAGGCGCAAGAGAGAGCCAAACGUGCGUUGAGGUGGAUCUACUUCGCUGGUUGUGUAUCGAAGUGAAAAGUGAGCCGUCUCAACAUCCUGGAAAACCACCUUGGCCCAAAUUAUAGGCGGAGAAGAAAUGGGCUAUGAUUAGGCGGUAGGAGUCUUCGUCUCAACAAAGAACAUAGAUGAAUAUCUGCCAUGCUACAUGGGAAGGCUCAGAACUCCUCCCUACUCUUGUUUUUCAUCAUCGUCGUCAUCGUUGCCUUGGUCCAUGGUCACUCUUACCCAAGUUUUUCCCGUGAUGACACCGAAUUCCAGCACCUGGUGCUCCAUCCCGACCCAUCCAUAGGGAAAGUCUAUGUGGGGGCCAGGGACCACCUUUUUCAGCUGGAUGGAUUAGAUGGACUUCGGUUGGAACAAGAGGAGCAAACUGGACCUGUGAGUGACAGCAAAGACUGCAUCCCUCCUGUGACAGAGUCCAACUGUCCCCAGGCCAGGAGAACCAGUAACCACAACAAAUUACUACUGGUGGAUCCGAAAGGAUCGGAAUUGAUUACCUGCGGCAGUGUAUACCAAGGCACCUGCCAAAAACGGAGCCUGACGUCAAUCAGUGAGGUUCUUUUCUCCACCGAGAGGCCAAUGGACACUCAGUACGUGGCAGCCAAUGAUCCGUUGGUUUCAACCGUGGGGCUUGUGGUGGGGCUUCGGGGUGGGGAAAAGUCUGUGAUGUAUGUGGGUAGGGGCUACACCGCCAGCCAGCCACCAAUUUCCACCCGACACCUUUCAUCAGAACCGAUUUUUUCCUAUGAGGAGACGGCUAAGCUCGCCGUCGCUGGCCGUAUGUCGGAAUAUGACCACCAUUUUGUGACCACAUUCACACGGCGAACAUACGUGUACUUCUUGUUUUACCGCCGAGACAUAAAGUCAUCAUCAAGGGAAUAUCAGACCUAUGCGGCCAGGGUUUGCCUUGAUGACACCUCUUACUAUUCCUAUGUGGAAGUUCCUCUCGUUUGUCGAUCGCCCUCCUCCCCUUCCAGAAUUUACAACCUUCUCCAAGCAGCGCAGGUGGGUCAAGGUCAAGACAGGCAGGGCGAGGACUUAUUGGGAGUCUUCUCCACCCGUGUUAGCGCCACGAACCAAAAUCCUUUGGAUGGCUCAGCUCUGUGCGUCUUCCAUCUGGAUGCACUUGACAGACGCAUUGACGCCAUAAGAGACCUGUGUUACACCCAAGAUGGGAUGUUGGAGGAUGGAAGAGAGGUGGCCUACAUCGAGUAUGAGGUCAAGUCGAGCUGUGCCAACUUACUCAGGAAUACCCUUCAAGCAUAUCCCUGCGGCUCCGAUCACACCCCGAGUCCAAUGGCGAGCAGAGUGCCGGUAGUAGCCAAGGCUGUGUGGCAAACGUUUUCUACCCACCUCACGGCUGUGGCUGUCAGUGUGAGGUACGACCACAGCAUUGCUUUCCUGGGAGACUCCAAAGGGACACUUCACAAGGUAUAUCUGGGCCCAAAUGGCCAAGUGGAGGUGUAUGCCAAUGUGACCAUCCAGCCCAACUCCCCCAUUAACAGCGACCUCAUACUGGACCAGAAAGGCGCGCACAUCUACAUCAUGACCAAAGCUUCUGUAGAGAAGCGUCCUGUGGCAGAAUGUGCUGAUCAUCUCGAUUGCCAGUCCUGUCUGUCUGCCAAUGACCCAUACUGUGGCUGGUGUGUCCUGGAGGGGCGGUGUGGACAACGUUGGGAGUGCCGGCGAGGGUCAGUCAAGGGUCAGUGGUUGUGGAGUUUCAACCACACACAGCAGUGCCUCAGCAUCCAGCAUCUCAGCCUAUACAACAUCAGCCGCGGGGAGAAGACAAAUAUUACAGUGUCAGUCGAAGGACUCCCUAGUUUAGGAGAAGGAGAGGCCUACUCUUGCUUCUUCCAUGACACCGAAACUCCUGCCUUGUUCACAAACACCGGUGUUGUAUGCCCCACCCCUGAUGCCAGUAGUCUACCGCCCAUUGGGCAUGGAAACGAGUUCGUGAUGGUGAUCCUUUCCCUACGUUUCCUCAACGUAACGGUAGCGGAGUCGGAAUUUACCUUGUACGACUGUAGCCUUGUGCAGAAGCUCUCUGAACGGAGGCCAUGCCAAGGUUGUGUUAGCAGUCGCUGGGGGUGUAACUGGUGUAUCCAUGAGCAUGUCUGCACACACAGACACACCUGCAGCCGAGGCGUCACCAUCUACAAUCAAAAUUACAAACCGCCGACAUCCACCAUUCCACCACCCACCAGAAAAACCACUUUAACUGUGACGACCGCUACGACAACAACAACAACAACAUCAGUGACAGCGACGCAGCUGCCACCCACCGCGACACCUGCUACAACCACUCCAGCUGCCACCACAGCAACACCCACUUCCACUCUUAACAGCGAGUCCACAUCGCGCCGCGCCACGGACCCCGCACCCCACUUCAUUGGGACCUUCAGCCAGGCCACCAGUCUGCACUCAGAAGCCGGCAUCACAGACAGCUUUAUCUUUGACAUGCUCACAACGUCUGAUGGAAAUGUGGCCACAACGAGACAUUUAUCAGAGGACGAGCGUAUUGAUUGGGUGGUAGAAACUGGAGAGAAUGCCGGCAACGAUUCUCACACAUUACCGAGCAGUACAGUUAUGCCCAUAGACUCCGAAGUGGGCCUCGUUGAACCCUCCGGUGAGCCAGCAGGCUCUUCCUCUGGUCUAAGCUCAACCGCAUCCGGUGAAGUUGCGACUUUGUCAGACGGCAGUGACUUGACUGGGGAAAUUGCAGUAGUGAGCUUGGAUAAGAGUGACACUUCUCCAUGGGUGCGGGGGAGGCCUCAAUCUGGCGCAGAGGGGGACAGAGUCCGUUUUUUUUGGGCAGGUGCAAAUGACAACUUCGCCUUUACACAAUCCCCUGACAUGGUGUUUCAGCCCAACUCUGAUGAAAAUUACCAGGCAGAUUCCGCUCUUUCUUACUUAAUGGACUGUCCUUGCGUGGAGAAAAUUCAGGAUUCCUCCUUCCUUCCUGUCAAUGUAGAAAGGAAGAUUACAGUGGUGGGACAACACCUCAACCUGUUUCAGGAUGAAAAUCUGGACUACGAGUGCGUGCUGGACAUUGAAAAUCGGUCAGUGGUGGUCGAAGCAUCUGUGGAACCGGAUGCGAAACAGCCUUCCCUCUUUUUGAUAACCUGCAAACCACAUCAGUUCGCGUAUUCCGCUUUGAUGGAGGAAUACCCGGCCAUGUUCAACGUGAGAAGGAAAGAUAACUUUCUCAUUGACAGCGCCGAUGACCUUUUCGUGACUCUUUACAACUGCUCCGUGGGGAGAUCCGACUGCAGUCGAUGUCGUACCGCCGACCCCAAGUACGGCUGCGUUUGGUGCGGGAGCCCCGCUGGCUCCCACUGCGUCUACCAUGAGUCCUGCGCCGACGAUGUCAAAAACACCUGUCCCGCGCCUGUCAUUCAUUUCUUGGAUCCCGUCUCCGGCCCCGUCGAGGGAGGAACCUUGGUGACGAUUUCAGGCUCCAAUCUUGGACAGAGGGCCGAAGACAUCCUCAACUCUGUUACGCUUGCUGAUGUUCCCUGCAGUGUCAUCAAUAGCCGAUAUGAAAUCUCCUCAAGGAUCGUGUGUGAGACUACAAGCAGCCGGGGAGAAAAGAGUGGACAGGCCUCCGUCAAAGUAAGCGGGGGAGGACUCGGAGUGUCUGUUGAGACCUUCAGCUUUCGGGAUCCCAUACUGAGCGGUCUCUCCCCCCAAAGAGGGCCUAAAGCAGGAGGCUCGUCUGUCACCAUCAAAGGCCGUCGCCUAAAGACGGGCCACCCAAGUGACGUCAGUGUUCUCAUUGGAGGAAUACCAUGUGUGGUGAUAAGCAUCGAGGAGGAUCAGAUCUGCUGUCUGACCAGAGCCAGUAACAGAACUGGCGAACAUAGCAUCAUGGUGCGCUUUGGAGGGGCUGAACGCCACCUUCUGGGCAUUGUGUAUCACUACAUGUCCAACCCCAACAUUUCGUGGGCUGCACCAUCCAAAAGCUUUCUCAGCGGAGGUAGGAUCAUCAGCGUGUCUGGUCAAAACCUGGAUGUGGUUCAAGACCCCAAAAUUCGAGUCACCCUCAGCCCGCCAGAUUUUCUUCCUCCCAGGAGGAGGCGUAGCAUCAGUCGGCUAAGAGUACGAGAUGAGCAGAUGCCACUCAAGCGACGGCGGAGGAUCAUCCCCGAGGCUGACUGCUCUCAGGGCGCACUUUGCCAUGUCAAGCAGUAUGAGAAUCGUUGUAUAGUGAACAGCUCCUCCCUCAUCUUGUGUCCGACGCCGGCUGUGGGACCGGACGCCAGGAGAGCGAGGGUCAAAGUUCAUUUCCUGCUGGACAGUCUUCAUUUUGACUUCAACAAUGUGGGCAAUGAACCAUUCAGCUACGAACCCAACCCAAAGCUGUAUAUGCUGAACCGCAAUGACCCUGACAAACCGUACCACCACAAACCUGGCAGCAUUAUCUCUGUUGAGGGAGAGAAUCUGGACCUAGCCAUCUACAAAAAUGAGGUCCAGGCCCGGAUCGGGGAUGGCGUAUGCUCAGUGAAGACCUUGACUCACAAUCAUUUGUACUGUGAACCACCAGCCAAGCAGCCAUCAGUAGGCACCAGCCAGAAAAAGGAGGUUAUGGAUAGUCUGCCUGAGUUCACAGUGAAAAUGGGCAACAUGAACUUCUCCUUGGGUAGGGUUCAGUAUGACAGCAAUGGCCUGUCCAUAUUCCCCCUGGAGGCCCAAGUGGGAGUAGGGGUGGGAGCGUCAAUAGUCGUCCUCAUUGUGCUCAUAAUUGUCCUCAUUUAUAGGAAGAAGAGCAAACAAGCCAUGAGGGACUACAAAAAAGUCCAGAUCCAAUUGGAGAAUCUGGAGACCAGUGUGCGAGACCGCUGCAAGAAGGAGUUCACAGACUUGAUGACUGAGAUGAUGGACAUGUCCAGUGAUUUGGUGGGAUCGGGUAUUCCUUUCCUGGAAUACAAGGCGUAUGCAGAGCGCAUUUUCUUCCCGGGCCACCAGGAGUCACCGCUGAGACAAGAUUUGGAUGUCCCGGAAAGUCGCAGGCAAACUGUGGAGCAAGGGCUCGUUCAGCUGUCUAAUCUGCUCAACAGUAAACUGUUUCUCACCAAGUUUAUUCACACACUAGAGGCUCAACAGACAUUUUCCCCGAGGGACCGGGCCUAUGUGGCCUCUCUGCUGACUGUGGCCCUCCAUGGUAAAUUGGAGUAUUUCACAGACAUUCUGAAGACUCUACUUAAUGACCUGGUGGAACAGUAUGUGGCCAAAAACCCUAAGCUGAUGCUGAGGAGAACUGAAUCUGUGGUUGAGAAGCUCUUGACAAACUGGAUGUCCAUUUGCCUGUUCAACUUCCUGCGGGAAUCAGCAGGGGAGUCAUUCUACAUGCUGUUCCGGGCAAUAAAGCACCAGGUGGACAAGGGACCCGUGGAUGCUGUGACAGGAAAAGCCAAGUACACUUUGAAUGAUAACCGGCUGCUGCGAGAGGAUGUCGAGUACCGUAGCUUGACAUUAAAUGUUGUCAUGCCAGCUGCUGCUGCCAGUGGAGGAGCGUCUACUCAGACGGUGCCCGCCAAGGUCCUGGACUGUGACACCAUCACCCAAGUCAAGGAGAAACUUUUGGACCAAACUUGGAAGGGGGCAUCCGUCACCUUGAGGCCACAUGUUGACUCCUUACACCUCGAGUGGCGCUCGGGCGUGGCAGGUCACUUAAUCCUGUCGGAUGAGGACCUGACAUCAAUUGUGCAGGGCUUGUGGAAGCGCCUCAAUACAUUGCAACACUACAAGGUCCCUGAUGGAGCCACUGUCGCCCUCAUCCCGAGAAGCACGAAAAAUCACCUCCAUGACAGCCAUGAUUACAUGCCUGGAGAAAAGACACCAAUGCUGGAUGAUGGCGAGGAAGGAGGCAUUAAGCUGUGGCAUCUGGUGAAAGCCACCGAGGAGUCAGAGUUGCCCAAACACAGAAGGGGUAGCGUGAGGGAGAAGGGCGGCGAGCGAGCCAAGGCCAUCCCCGAAAUUUACCUCACCCGACUUCUUUCCAUGAAGGGAACACUGCAGAAGUUUGUGGAUGAUUUAUUCACGGCCAUCCUCAGCACCAGUCGUCCCGUCCCUCUGGCUGUCAAAUACUUUUUUGACUUGUUGGAUGAGCAGGCCCUGCAGCACAACAUCAGCGACCCGGAGACGAUCCAUAUUUGGAAAACAAACAGCUUACCUCUGCGAUUUUGGAUCAACAUCCUGAAGAAUCCGCAAUUCAUCUUCAACGUGCAGACCUCAGACCACGUGGACGCGGUGCUCUUUGUCAUCGCUCAGACUUUUAUGGACUCUUGCACAAUUGCUGACCAUAAACUGGGACGGGACUCCCCCAUCAACAAGUUGCUCUACGCCAGAGACAUCCCGCGCUACAAACAGAUGGUGGAGAGGUACUACGCCGACAUCCGUCAAACCAUCUCAGCCAGUGACCAGGAGAUGAACUCAGCCCUGGCAGAGCUCUCCCGUAACUAUGCUGGAGAAGUCAACUUCCUGGUGGCUUUGCACGAGCUGUACAAGUACAUCAACAAGUACUAUGAUCAAAUCGUCACAGCCCUGGAGGAGGACUGCACAGCCCAGAAGAUGCAGCUUGGAUACAGGCUGCAGCAGAUUGCUGCCGCCGUCGAGAACAAAGUCACAGAUCUAUGACCCAACACCCAGAUUGGUUUUCCUUUUAAACCAUGAAGACCUUGAAGGGAAAUGAUAUGCCAUCUCUUGGAAAGCAGAACAAUUUUAUACCCAAACCAAGGACGUUGUGGAGCAUUUGAGAAAGGGAAACGAUAAGGAAGGAUGUUUGCUUUCCACGGUGGAUCUCGACGGAAAACCACACAGAACAUUCCUAAAAAUGUACAAAGUACAUGCAUUAGUCCACAUGAGACACAGGAGAUGGAAAAAAGGGCGAAAAGCAAGAGUGCCUGACUUGAAACGCCUCUCCCAAUUGUUAGAAAUGUCUUACGAAAAAAAUUGUCAACCUUGGAAAGCGGCCUUGACAAAUUUGCUUCGAGUUACCUUCGGUUGUUCUUUCAAGUCAUCCUCAAUUCAACGGGGACCCACUUACUCGCGGCUCUUAUCAGAAAUACUGUACUCUAAAUAAUGCAACCAAAUCAAGGUUUUAUCAAAACCCUAUAAAGUAACUUUUCACUCAAAAAUGGAUCCGUCCAACAUGGAAGAUGAUAAAGACAUUCCUUGUCCCUCGCCUUCCCGGAAAUCGGUACAAACAAGAUACAACACUUCCUUAAUAAAAAAUAAAUAAAUAAAUAAAUAAAUCACAAAGGAAUGUCCGUUAUUGAGGCUUAUGAACAAGAUCACUUUCUUCUAUUUGUCGUCUUCUUUUUUUUUUAAACUAACUAAAGGAGUUCGAGCAAAUGUCAUUGACAGUUGCCUUAAAAGAACAUUUUGAAGCGGCGCUUUUCCUAACAAAAGGCGCUCACGCGAAUGUCAUUGACGGUUGUCUUAAAAGAACAAUUUGAAUAGGUGCUUUAAAUUGUGCGGUUCAUUUAUUUGCAACUAGGCCGACGGGCAUGACAGAGAAAGCUUUUGUUGUUGCUGUUAGCAUCCCGACAUUAGCAUUUAGCAUCUCUGUGCCAAAGCGCAGCCUCACUGUGCCAUGACUGAAGCUUUUGUUCAUUUUUUUUGGGGGGGGGGGGUGAUUCGUCGUUGUAAUCAUCAAGUCUUCUCC